AUUACCUUAACUAUUAAAAGCAAUACAGAACAGUGUGGAUCCGAAACAGAAGAAACUAGCUAGGGGUUGUUGACAGAGUAACCACAGAACAGAAACCUGCCAUGGGAAACGGUUCAAGUGUUUCUCGGGAACACGAGGAAUGGAGACGACUCACUGAUGCUGCUGCUAAAAGAGAAAAAGAGCUACAAGAAACAAUAAAUAAGCUUCAGGAGUCUGAGAGAGAAAGGCGUUUGCUCAUCGAGAUGUUGACGUCGAAUCUUGAGGAUACCAAGAAGAAGCUAAUUGUCUCUGAUAGUAUGGUUCGCCAAUUGGAAAACCGAUUACAUGAAGAGAGGCUUACCACUGCACACGGAGUAAAGAAAAUUGGAGAACUUGAUCAAGAAAAAAGAAGAUUAAUGAAAGACCUUGAGAGUGAAAAGGCAGCUCGAGAAGAAGCACUCUCGAAGGUUUCUGUUCUCGAGCUUCAGAUAAAUGCUGCAAUGCAAGAUCUUGAUUCAGAGAGGCGGAGGUUAAGAGGUGCCAGGGAAAGGCUAAAGCUUCAGUAAGGCAUUAUUUCUUGUUAUAUAUUAUAAUAAUGGGAUGUGUAUGAUUUGAAAAUCAUGUUGAAUGAGUAAAGACGAUCAUCUUAUUUUCCAAUGUAGACUCAAGUUGCAAUACUUCUUCCAGCUUCUUU